AGUGUGCGUGCUGAUACUCGAUGAAGCUGGGUGCCGUUAUAUACUGAGAGUGGACAAACCAAAAAAUAUACGGAUAUUUUUUCCAUGCUAAAGCAUAUAUCUGUCGCCUGAGUCAAACUCUGUUUAUAUCUAACACUUGCAACAAUGCGGCACUUGACAAAAUCGCCGUUUAUGUCAUUAGUUAUUCGACGUUUCAUUUUCGAGUAGUUGACAUUGUACAGUGAAAUAAAAAAGUGAAAAUCAAAGUGUGAAAAAAUGAUGGGCGGAAAACGCGAAAAAGUUUCAACAACUCCAUCAAAUGGUGCAAAUGAGAAUCCAGGCGAAUUUCAACCGGAGAUUCUAGUGAAAUUUGGGAAAUUGAAGCCCAAUACUAUCUUCCUAAUUGACAAAGUUUUGAAAAGGUCCCAGGAAUUGAAAGAAUUCUCCGAAUGCCAUCUAAAUGUCAAUCAAGACGAUAUCUUCGGCCCACGUACUUUAUCCAUAUGCACAUACUUUGAAGCUCUGACCAACAAUAUGUCACAGUUUGAAACAAAACUUGUACAGUUGGACAAAGAACAUACGGAAAUCAAUGAAAUAAAGCAAAAUGUUGGAAAGGUUCAAGAGCUUAUGGCACAAGGCAAGGAUUUGAUUAAAACCAAAAAAUAUAAUGAAGCUAUCGAAAUUCACAACAAAGCACUUGAGAUAAAAUUGACAAGUGAUUCAAUCGUAUAUGACGUAUUGUAUGAUCGAGCAUUGGCAAAUUCGAAAAUCGGAAAUUUCCACAACACAAUUGAUGAUUGCACUAGAAUACUUGAGGCAAAUCCAAUAAAAAGCAAUGCAUUGCUGUUACGUGCCCAGUGCUACGAUUUUCUUGACGAAUAUGAAAAUUGUAUGUUAGACUACAAGUCGCAUUGAACGUCAUAGAACCAGAGGAAAGCGCAGAAGUACGAUCAAAACUGGAAAAAGUGAUUGUAACAAUGAAACAAAAACUUGCAGAAGAGAAAAAUGCUGUAGGUGAUGGUAAUAUUGUUUCCGAAAACUAUGGAUUGGCUGAACAAAACUACAGUGAUGCCAUUGAUUUGUGGCCGAGUAAUGCACUUUUUUAUGGCAACCGAUGUAAAAGCUGUUUUAUGCUGGGGGAGUACAAACGAGCUCUUGAAGAUAGCAAGAAUGCGGUAGCAAUUGAUGGAAAUUCAAAAAUGGGUUACGAAUAUAUGGCCAGAUGUUGCUUGAUUUUCGGUGAUUAUGAUGGUGCUGAGCGAGCGAUAACCAGUUCUUCCAGAAUUAACCAUCACGAAAACGAAUACGAAUAUUUGAAAGACUUGCGUAAAAUGUUGGAAAACUAUGCUCAGCGUAGUAUUGAUUGUUUUUAUCUAAAAAAGUACUUUGAUGCAGUUUUAAUUGCGAACGAAGCAUUGAAGAUGUUGCCCGAAAGUGUAGCUUUCAAGUUGUUUAAGGCAAAAUGUUUUUUCAAUAUUGGUGACGUGAAGGAGUUAAAAAAGUUAGAAAGCGCACAUGGUGUGCCACAAGCCGAUCGAUCCUAUAUCAAAGCUACCCGAUUCUACUGUGAGGGUGAUUUGGUAGAAGCGUUAUCAUAUUUAGAUCAAGCGCUUACCUUCGAUCUGAAUCACGACAAAUCCUUCUAUAUGAAAGAACAAAUUUCUCGCAUUCAUGCAAAGAAAAUGAAUGGUGAUGAUAUGUUUGCAGCUCGAAAAUUCCGCCAGGCUAUCGAAUUGUACACAGAGGCACUCGAUGGAGAUAUGCCUAAAAAUUCAUUUGUUUGUGUAUUGCAAUACAGUCGAGCUAAGGCGCAAUCAAAAAUCGGCAAUUUUUAUAAUGCAAUCCAAGAUUGUACCAGCGCGCUGGGUAUUUGGCAAGAUAACGUCGAUGCCUUACUCUUACGUGCAAAAUGUCAUGAAUACCUUGACAAUUUCAGAGAAGCGAUGUUGGAUUAUGAGACAUUGUUGCAAAAAGGGGCAGUUAUCAACAAUCUACAACAAUUUGAAAUGAUGACUUCGAAAGUGCGCAAUUUGAACGUAUUGUUGAAUCAUGAGAAGGCUGAAAAACAAAAAUGUUACGGUGAUGAGAAAUAUAUGGCAAAUCAAUUUCGAGCAGCGUUGAUACUUUACGGGGACGCAAUCACGUUGUGGCCGCAAAAUGUUUCAUUCUACAAGGAUCGCAUUGAAUGUUACAUAAAGUUAAAAGACUAUAAGGCGGCGAUUGAAGACUGUCAGACUGCUGUUAAGCUCGAUAACACGUUUUUCAAGGAUUAUGACCGUAUGAUCAAUUGUUGCUUGAUUAUCGGCGAUAUUUUUGGUACAGAAAGAGCUAUUCAGAAAUGUGUGGAAGCUGGCUAAAACUAUGACACUAUCCAAGAACAUAAGGGAAAAUGCUAUGACUUGAAACGACUUAGAGAAAAGGCUAUUACAUGCUGCAAAAAGGGCAACUUUGAAUCCGCACGUAACAGCAGAUUCAUUCAUUAAAUCAACACGAAAUGAAGUAUUAAUCCCUUUAUCCACAUUUAUACACGUUCUAGUUUUCCAUAUCGAUGAGGCAUUGAAAAUAGCGUAUGAAAGUCCUGAUUUGAAGUUGCUGAAAGGAGACAUUUUAGUAUCGCUUAAUCGCUUCAAAGAAGCUAAUGUUAUUGCUGUAUCCUGCAUGAAAUCUGAUUCAUCGAGUGCUGAAGCUGUAUAUAUCCGUGCAUUGUGUUUGUAUCAAGAGGAUUGGGAGCAAGGGCUAAAGUGUUUGGAAAAUGUGAUUCGUUUGGAUCCUGAUCACAGCAAAGCAAAGGCUAUGAUAGUCAAAAUACGAAAGUUCCAAGAGAAAGAGAAAACCGCCAAUAAAUUAUUGCACGAAGAAAAUUAUCGCGCAGUCAGUACACAGAUCAGUGAAGCGCUUGAGAUCAGUCCAGUUAACAGUAACUUUUUCUUGAAAUUAUUGUUCAAUCGUGCAUUUGCAUUUUCAAAGAUGGGACUGUUUCGUGACGCAAUCAAAGAUUGCACAAGAGCAAUGAAGAACAGUUGGGCCGUGACAAAGUGUUUGCGACUUCGUGCCGAUUGCUACAUGACGAUGAGAAGAUUUCAAAAUGCAGUCACCGAUUACGAAGCACUGCUAAACAUGGAAAAAUCAAAGAAUUACAAAAUAAAUUAGCAGAAGCAAAACAAGCGCUGCAACGCCAUAUCUUGAGCAUACACCUCGUAUAAGAACCAAAUUUUCUUGUGGCGCCAUCUAGAUGGCUUGCGGGGCGCAAUGUAUUUUAAAUUGUUAGCUAAGUUUUUUCAGCUUAGUACAGAACCAUUUUUGGCAAAGAUACAAAAGCAUGCUCGAGGUAUGUGCAACGCUUUCAGUCCGAUAACUAUUACGAUAUAUUGGAAAUCGAAAAGACAGCUCCUAAAGCGGAAAUUAAAAAGGCAUACAGGCGCCUGGCCUUGAUUCAUCACCCAGAUAAGGCUCCAAGCAAUGAGAAAAUCGAACAGCAAGAGCUAUUCAAAAAAAUUAACGUUGCCCAUGAAAUUCUUUCGGAUCCCAAAAAACGAGAUAAAUACGAUCACGAAUGCGAAAAAAAAAAUAAUUCUUAAUAAACCCUUGAUUGGAAUUUUUCGUUUUUGCAUUGCGAUUCGUUUGCUACUUUUAUUAUAAAUCUAAAUUUUGAUUUUUCGAAGUGAGGUUUUGCAGCUGAGUUGUGCCAAAUUUUGAUCGAUUUCUCCAAACCAAAUUGCAUGGAGUGAGAUUACCAUUUUUAACUAUCAUUUUUAGAUUUACAAUUAUAUAAUGACGUAAGCUACAAAAAAUGGCUAGAGAAUUAAGCUAAAUAUGGUUUGGUUUGUGCCGUACUUUUAUUAGAAUAAAAUAAUUCAAGUUUAUUUCGAAAAAA